CAUCAGAAUAGAGCAGAGUGGGGAUUGUAGCACCUAUGACACAACUACAUGCUUUUUCAAACUGCAUUUUUUUUCAUCUACUCCUGAUUUAUAACAACUUGAAUAAAGAAAUACUCAAAUGCAAAUUUGAGCAUAACUUUCUUUAUGAGAAAAAUGCCUCACGAACAUGUACAAUUUUUUAUUGGAGUGGGUCUUUAAAAACAGUCAGGCUUCCUUACUGAGGGAGAGCACUAAGACCCAGUGGAGAGCAAAGGAGGCUGGGUCCUGCUUGCCCACCCGCUGCCUGCUCCCCAAGGCUCUGCAGUUGCUCUGGGUGAGGUGCAGGAGCCUGUGUGAAAGUGUCUUAGGUAAAGGAGCGUGUCAUUCAUUGGUGCAUCCCAGGCUAAAAGACAAGGCCCCUCUUCUCUCUUAAUUUUUUGUCCCACCUCCCUCUCUCUCCCAUGCAUGGAUUGAAGACUUGGCAAGGAGAAGGGGGACAGAGGUGUGUGCUGUGUUUGAAGGGGCAGAGGACGGGCGGGUGGUCUGCGUGAUGACAAGAUUAAAGGGGCCAGGUGAGGAGGAGACUCUCCUCUUCCACCCUCCCUCUCUGUGACGUGGUGUGUAUGAGUGUUUGCUGUGCAUGUGGGUGAGAAAGCGAUACAGGUCGGCUGUGCCUCAGCAGACUGUCAAGCUGCACUGGAAGGAGGAAGGAGCCCUCUUCAGCCUGAGAAUCUUUGCAGCCGAUUGGUACCCUGGAUUGAGAAUGACCUCUGUGGUAUAAUCAUCCUUAAGUGAGUGACAGCGACCAUGACAGAAAGCACAGCCUGAAGUUCCCAGACACCCUACAAGAGCGGAGGAUGGGUGAUGGGCCCGUGAAGUUUAGUGAACUCUUUCCUCUUAGUCCUCUUAGUCUCUCAUGGAGCAUCCUGUCACACCAAGCCCCUCCUGGAACACGUCUCUGUCCACAUUUCCAGCCUCUCUGCAGCCAAAUAUCUCUAACCUGACCUUGCCCAUCACAGGCUCACAAAGCGGGGCUGUCCUGAACCAGUCUUUAGCACUAUGCGUUAUGCUCAUAAUGGAUAUUCUGGCAGUGGUGGGGAACCUGGCUGUGAUGGCAGUCAUCUCUAAAACCCCGCAGCUGCGCAAGUUUUCUCUGGUGUUCCAUCUCUGUCUGGUGGACCUGCUGGCCGCACUGUUGGUGAUGCCUUUGGGGAUGCUGUCGGACUGGAUCCUGGUAGACGAGGCGUUGUGCCGCAGCUACCUCUGCUUGAGUGUGUGCCUGGUGAGCGCUGCCAUUCUCACGAUAUGUGCCAUCAAUGUAGAGCGCUACUACUACAUUGUCCAUCCCAUGCGCCAUGAGGUGAAGAUGACAGUAGGUGUUGUGGUGAUGGUCCUGGUGGGGAUCUGGAUAAAAGCUGUUGUCAUGUCAGUAUUGCCUUUGCUAGGGUGGCUGCUCCAGGGGAGCUCAACUCAGGAGACUCCUGACGCUCCAAUUUCCUCUCAAAGACAUUGUUCCCUUCACUGGACAGGAAGCACGACUACACGCCUGCUUUUCAUGGUCUUCUUUACAUUAAUCUAUUUUUUGUUCCCCAUGAUGAUCAUAUUGGUAGUAUACUGCAAUAUGUUCAAGGUGGCCCGUGUAGCAGCCAUGCAUCAGGGUCCCCACCCCACCUGGAUGGACACGCCACGACAGCGAUCCGAGUCCGUCAGCAGCCACUCCACCAUGGCAGCAAGCCUUGGAGGAACAGGAUCUCGCACAACCCCUCAAAGGACCUUCAGCGGUGGAAAGGCCGCAGUAGUUCUGGUGGCGGUGGGAGGUCAAUUCUUCUGCUGCUGGCUGCCAUACUUCUCCUUCCAUCUCUACUCCGCUAUAGUUUCUACCUCUCCUGCCUCGUUGGCACCGCUGGAGGAUGUGGUCACAUGGAUCGGCUACUUCUGUUUCACCUCCAAUCCCAUCUUCUACGGCUGUCUGAACCGUCAGAUUCGUGAGGAGCUGGGCCGUCAUCUGGCUUGCCUUUUCAAAAGGGCCGGGCCCAGCGAGGGGGAGCAGCUGCCCAGCCGUGAGGCCUCAAUCGAGGAGAACUUUUUGCAGUUUCUUCAGGGCACUGGAUGCAAUCUGGAGCCCUGCAACUACAACAGCAGAGACAGCCCUGAGGAGCCAGAGACUGAGGACUGUCAGGAAUCAGCUGUUGAACAGAACAUCCCAGCUGACUUCCAUAUCCCAGGGCAAAUCCUUGAGGAAACCACAGAGUUCAUGCAGCAGCAACAGCUGAACAAUGAGAUUUGUGAAUCAGAGAACUGCUGCAAAACCGUACCAGCUCUGUAGAUGCCUCAUUUACUGACUCUUUUGCCAUAUCUAAUAAAAAUGUUUAGUUUUAUUCCAAUUUUUUAAAGUAUUUCUUUAGGAUUUUCUUUAAUGAAACUUGCUUUAAAGAAAACUUUCCAGCAAACGGCAAACAUGGUAUUUUCUUUGAAUAUUUACGUUCAGAAGCUUUUCAUGAAAUACACAUUUGUGCAUGUCAUUUGCAUUAUGUACAUUUUUUUGAGCUAUGUGUCGGGCUGUUGUGUUUCGCUUCAUGUCAGCAGACAGACAUAAACCCCUGGUCAUAGUCCAAACAAACCAUAAAAACUUCAAGUGAAUCUAAAGAGGCUCAAAACCUUUGUAAUGCAAACAUGAAAGACCACGAUUGAACCAGCUUGUCAUUCAUCACGUAUUGAUAAAACACAAUGUUUGUGUUGAAUUAGAUGUGCCGCACUGUCCUCUAUUAUUAUUAAUUUCAGUGAUGUUUGUAUUUUAAAAACUAAUUCAAAAAAGCUUAUCACUGCAGAUUUUGUGUUGAGAAAGGAACACUCAAAUGAGUGGAGAAGACAAUCAUUACUUUAAGAGUUUCUUUUUCUGCUAAAGAAAUGCUUUUUCAUGAUGUGUUUAUUCAUCCACUUUGACUCUUUAAACCACCAAAGAACCGAUGCAAAAACUUUCCUCCCUCUAAGGUAAUAAAUUUAGUCUUUUAAAUUCCAAAUGUCUCUCAGUUGUUGAACGGGAUCAUUUCACAUCUACUGUUGCUGGCAUUUAUACCAAACAGCCUGACAGUGUAUUUUUAACCAUUUUCCAGAAUGUUAUUAUCAUGUUUAUCUGUUCUUAGUCUUGUGAUUAUCACCUCCUUACCAAAAUGGGAGACUCGUGAUUUCAGUCCCUUCAACUCAAAGACAAACAUUGUGGCUUGUUUAGUUUGUUUGACUGUGUUUUUUUAAAGCCUUUUGCCGAAAAACAGUAGCUGCGGUGCAUUGGAAUGAUUGGAAUAGCGCUUGGUGUGAACAAACUCGCACGACCAGCCCUCACGAUGUGUGCACUAUUUACAGAUAAACACUGGAGCAGUGUAAAUGCUCUUGUGUUUGUGCAAUAAACAACCCUGCUUUGUUGUGGCUACACACAGCACACAGGUGUGACAGUACUUUCACAUGGAAAGCCUUCCUUUUGGCCUCAAUUAGCAACAGAAGGAAGAUGCUUUCCCCCCCGAUCUCAGGUGGAAUCCUCACAAGUCACACAAGCAGGGACAAAUGCUCCAAAGACCGUUUCAAAACCCAAAUCUCUAAAGUAGCAAAGAUUUUGUCACAUCUUAAUGCACGCUGCCUUUAUCUAUUUUGGACUGCCUCAUACGGGACGGUUGGUCUGAUCACAAGACUCUCCAACACAAGGCAUACAGGAGGGGUUCAGAGCUUGCUGCAAGUAAGAAAAAAGAAAAGAGUCCCUUUGUCGGGGAAAUACAUAAUGUUCCUAAUUUUCUUGCUGUUUGACCUUAUUUUGAUUUUUUUUUUUAUUCAGAGCAGACAUAUCACCACUUUACAAGAUGUUUUCCACUAAUAUGUGCCUGAAGUGUAAAGGAGCAACAAUGAAAACUGAGCAAGGGGAAAUCACUGCCAUGACUUACAGUAUUUCUGUCUAUAUUAGAUAAAAUUUGCCAUUUUUUUAUUACGCCUCCACUUAGAAACAAGUGUUUUUAGAUACCUGUCCUGCUCAUGAAAUGCUGUAAAUUCUGUUGAUUAAGACGCUGAAGACUUGUCUGAAGUUGCACAAGGAAGAUGUCAGUUUUCAUCUCUAUUUUAACAGUAGCUUUGUUUUGCUGAAAAAUCACCAAAGGCAAAGAUAGUUGUUUUUUUUUUCUGUUUUUGAUAACCGUUUUAUUUUGUUUCUAACCUUUAAAGACUGUUACAAUGUUUCUUUACUUCUUCAUCAGCAGACUUCUGUGAAUUUCCAUCAGCUUAAAAGAUUAAAAAAGAUAGUAAAAAAAAUUGGAGUGGAGUGUUGCUGUUUUAUUUACAGAUAUGCUUAGAUCAAUAACGAUCACAUGAGCAAUCCCAACAAUUGUGUCUUUUCUCUUUUGCCCUCCAGUUGCCUCCUCCUGCUUUCUGCCUCCGUGUCAUUGUGUGUUUGUCUGUGUGCGCAUGCAUGUGUGUGUUUGAGCAGGGGUUGCAGGGAGUGUCAGAUUUUUGAAAAGUAGAGAAGUAAAGAGAUAAAAAAGGAAAUACAUUUGAUUUUUUUUCUCUGUAAUAUGUUAACUUUUGUGACAAACAAAAAUAUUUGGAUGAUUUCUUUAACAAGCAUCUUAUAUGUCCAGUUUUGGGAGGAAUUUAAUUUUUAAAUAUCAUGGAUGCACUAUCUUCAGUUUUCUCAUCAUCCACAUUUUCAGAGCCUCUCCUGUGCUAACACAGUGACUCAGAGCUUUCAUGUUGAGCAGUGCAGGGCGCCUCCUGGAGUGUGCAGCCACACUUCAAACAGUUUGACCUUUGUGACAGGAUAUAAGAAGCGCACAGAAAGUCCUCAAAGACAGAUGCCACCAUCAUGACACUCUGGAGCAUUGGCGGGUACACAGCGCACUCAAUCGGUCACCCCAGUUUGAGCAUAAACAACACUUAAAAAAAGGAAAAUAUGCAUUUGUGCAUGUAUAAGAUGACACAGAUGUGAUCGGACUAAUAAAAAAACUAAAAAGAAGAUGGAGGCUGCAUGGAAUAAUAGAUCACAGAUUAGCUCAAUCACAUGAAUUUCUCACUUACUUUCAAAUCCUGAGUCUCUGAAAUUAGUUGUUGCCUUGGCAACCAGCACCAAUGACAGUGGUGAGAGGUUUGCUUUCUGACUAGAGCCCACAAGUUCACAAGACUAGAACUAAGGAAAAAAGAGUUUUUGAUUAGUAAAUUGAUUUAAGAAUACAGACGCUGCAAACAUUUGUGUGACUUCCCUCUCAUAACUUCAGAACCUUGAUAUACAAGUGACAUAAAAAUAUCCCUUUUGGCUAAUGCAGUGUGUACAAACCAUAUACUGUGUUAAAAAAAUAAACUUAAUGAAGCAUAUAUAUAUAUAUUUUUUUUUUUUUCAUUUCUAAAGCCAAUUUUUAUAAAGCGCAGAAAUGAAUUUAGUCUGGUAAAAAAGAAAAAAGUUUGAAAAGACAUCCAUAAAAUUCUGAAAUUUUUCAAAUAAGUCAAUAGUUUAAGUUACAAAAUAGUAAGACAACUUUUUAUCUUUGAACUUGUAUGAAUUUAUGAGGAAAACAAGGAAGUCAACCUUCAGAUCAGGAGUUAACAGAAUCAAAUAUUGUCUUGA